UGCAGCACUGUGGGUGUUUUUCAAUCAAGACACACAACGGGGAGGUGAUGUAUAACGUCAGUGGGACGCAUGCAUGGCACCAGGGCGGAUAGUAUCGGAGAGACGGCUUGUGUAAUUUGCUGUUGGAUGAUCUUUAGGUUUUAAGGUGAUGAGGAAAAAAGCCUUGGGGACAUUAUUCUACAGUCGGAGGCAAGUUCACACUCACGGUGCGAGAGAUGAGCGUUAGCUGGAUGUUUCUGCUGCUCCUAGGCUGCAGGUCAUCAUGUACCACUCAUGUGUCUCAGAGCACAUGCCCCUGCAAUGUGCAGCUGAAAACUGUCUGCGUAGCCAACAGAGAAGACGUGCAUGUGCCGUGCCCAAUCAAGACUGAAGACGAAAUGACAUUUAACCUUUUCAAGGGCCAGGAAUUGAUUUCCAACGUCUCAUGCACUGGUGAAAACCACACACUAAACUGCACAGUGCUCAACGCCAGGGUGGGGGUGGAGGUGGAGCGCAAACAGCAAAAAUCGGUGGAUUUCGUCCUCACCGGAGUGAAUGAGAGCAGCCAUGGAACCUACAGAUGUGAAGGCAUCAUUACAUUCCCUCCUCCCUUUAAAGGAGUGCCCAGUGUUGUGAUGAUCCAGGUACUUGUAGAAGGACACCUCUGCAAGUGCAAUAAAGAAAGCAGUAACCAUGGUGAUAAUUCAAGCCAAAUAUAUAAAUGGAUUUGGAUUCUGAUGGUUGUACUUCUAAGCAUCUACAGCAUAACUGUCACCAUCAUCGCCAUCGUCAACUGGGUGAGGAUGAGGAACAUGGAUUCCCAGAGCGAUUACAUGAACACCAAACCCAGAGGGCAGAGGGAUGGCAGGAAGAAAAGAGGGGUUCAGAAACCAAUACCACGACACUUCUGAUCUCACACACGUCCUUCGACCAUUUUCACAACUAUGUCUACUACUUGUGUAUAAAAAGAAGGGACGUCCUUGUAGCUUGUUUUGAAAAGAACAUUAUUUUGAUAGGGGGGUUUCUUUAAGUUUAAAACCUGCUUAUCAUGUCUACACAGCAGAA